AUGAAGUUCUCUGGCUUAGCUGCGAUCGUCCUGGCCGUCUCUGUUACCGCGGCCCCCGCCAAGCGCGAUGCUGCGACAGUCGAGUCCGACCUCGCUGGCAUCAGCACCCAGGUCAAUAAUCUAAAUAGCGCCAUCACGCGUUUCGGCUCUUCCAAGUCGCUCAUCGAUGCUCUUGCUAUCGCCAGUGACGCCAACUCGCUCGAUUCGGCUAUCAAACAGGCCACCACGGACACGACCGCCAGCGUCGCCUUCACCGAAGGCGAGGGAAGUACUAUACUCAGCGCGAUCCAGGCUCUUGCGCCCAACAUCGUCGCCACACUUCAGAACUUGGAUAGCCAGCACGACAAUGUUGCGUCUUUGCCCAUCCCCGGGAUUGACGGGGACAUCGAGUCGGAGCUCAACACUCUGAACACUGACACCGCCGCCCUCGAGACCGCCCUCUUGUCCAAGACGCCGUCUGACGAUCAAACGGAUGAGCAGACCGCUUUCGACACGAUUGAUGCUGCCUUUACUGCUGCCCUCUCGACAUACUCGUCGUAA